AUGAAUAUUAAUUCCAUGGAAAACGAUACUAUAACAGUCGCGAACUUAGAGAUCAAACAUAGUUCUCCUGUGGAUUCUCAACAAUAUACAAACAGUAUAUCAGAUCCAGUUGAUGACAACGAGACAGAGUCGGAAUAUAUUACAACAAAUCAGAAAACAUUAUGUUGGUCAAAAUCUCGAUCUUGUAAAGGUGUAUGUGCAUUUGCUAUAUUCACAAGUUUAUCAAUAACUGUUGGUGUACUUACAGUUUGUUUGACUUUACGCAAAAACACAAAUAAUACAUGUGAAAUAACCUUCGAGCGAUCGGCUCAACGUCAAAUUGGCUAUGAUUCACGUCCGCAACAUGUUGCUGUUGGCGAUUUUAAUAAUGAUGGACAUCAGGAUAUUGUAGUUGCUAAUUCUGGUAGUGAUAAUGUUGGUAUUUUUCUAAACUAUGGAAAUGGGACUUUUACUAGUCAAAUCACAUACUCGACUGGAGUUGGAUCUAGUCCAUAUUCAGUUGCUGUGGAAGACUUAAACAAAGACAAUAAUCUGGAUAUUGUUGUUGCCAACUAUGGCAGUCAUAGUAUAGGUGUGUUGUUAGGUUAUGGUAACGGACAUUUUGCAAAUCAAACAACGAUUUCACUUGGUUCUGCUCGUCCUUUGGCAUUAGCCAUAGGAACUCUUAAUAAAGACGAUCAACUAGAUAUUGCUGUAGUCAAUUAUGGCACUUCAACAGUUACUAUAUUGAUAGGUUAUAAUAAUGGAUCUUUUCGAAUUGAAACAAUCUAUGAUAUGGGCUAUGAUUCUAUUCCAUAUUCACUUAUUAUUGCUGAUUUUAACAAUGACAAUCAAUUUGAUAUUGCCGUAGUCAACUAUGGUACCAGUAAUUUAGCUAUACUCAUGGCAAAUGAAAAUGGAACUUUUGAAAGUAAAACAUAUUUAACUGGAAAGGGUUCUCAUCCAAGCUCAAUAGCUGUUGGAGAUUUUAACAAGGACAAUAGAUUGGAUAUUGCUAUCGCUAAUUCUGGUACUGACAAUAUUGGUAUUUUCCUGGGAUAUGAGAACGGAACUUUUAUCAAUAUGAUACCAUUUUUAACAGGCUCUAAUUCUCAUCCCAAGUUUAUUGCUGUUUAUGAUUUUAACAAUGACACUCACUUAGACAUCGUCGUUGUGAAUUCAGAAAACGAAAAAAUAACUAUAUUUAAAGGAGUUGGUAACGGAAGCUUUUCUCUCUUAAUGACACAUUCAACCGGAUUAAAUUCUGAUCCAUGUUCUAUUGCCAUUGCUGAUUUUGAUAAUGACAAGAAACCAGAUAUUGCUAUCACAAAUAAUGGUACUGAUAGUAUUCUUAUACUUACUGCAUACGCACUUUAUCCUGUUACAAGUCAAAUGACGUAUUUAACUGGGGUAAAUUCGGAACCAUAUUCCGUCGCUGUUGGCGAUUUUAAUAAUGACAAUCAUCUAGAUAUUGCUGUUGCUAACUCUAAAAGCAACAAUAUUGGUGUAUUUAUUAAUUUUGGUAAUGGAACUUUUAAAAAUCUACAAAUAUAUGAUACAGAAAAGGGCUCUAAAGAGCAAUUCAUCUCUAUCGGUGAUUUCAACAACGACAAUCAACUUGAUAUUGUUUUCCUUAUGUCAGGUGUAAGCAAAAUAGGUAUCUUACUCGGAUAUGGGAAUGGAUCAUUCAGAUAUGGAAAUAUGUAUUCAACUGGGAUCGAUUCUACACCUAACUCGAUCAAUGUUGGUGAUUUCAACAACGAUAAAUAUCUUGAUAUUGUCACAGCUAAUACUUAUAAUAACAGUGUGGGGAUUUUCUUGGGUUAUGGGAAUGGAACGUUUACAAAUGUAAUAACAUCUCUAAUUAAGAAUGAUUCCACUCCAACGUCUGUCGGAGUAGGUGAUUUCAAUAGUGACAAUAUAUUAGAUAUUGUCACGGCUGAUGCAGGCUCUAAUGACAUAGCUAUUCUUCUGGGACAUGGUAAUGGAUCGUUUCUUCUUUCGAUGUUUAUUUCCACUGGUGAUGAUAAUCCGACUUCUGUUGCCAUUGGUGAUAUAAACAACGAUCAUCGAUUGGAUAUUGUUUAUUGUAGUCCUGUGCCUUCCAAUGUAGGUGUAAUUUUGGGAUAUGGCAAUGGGAGUUAUGGAAGUAUAACAAAAUAUUCUACUGGUGAUGGAUCACUUUCAUGGUCUGUUAUCCUAGGUGAUUUUAACAACGAUACUCUAUUGGAUAUUGCAGUGGCUAACGUAUUUGCUUAUAAUAUAGGAGUAUUUGUGGGUUUUGGAAAUGGAUCUUUCGCAGCACAAAAGACAUUUUCAACUGGAUUUUUCUCUUUUCCAUAUUAUCUUGCCUUUGGUGACUUCAACAAUGAUAAACAACAAGACAUUGUAGUCAGCAAUAGAUACGCAAACAAUGUUGUUGUAUUUCUCGUCUAUUAUGAUGUAGAUUUUGCAACUGAAACAAGUUAUACAACUGGUUCUGGUCCACAUCCAUAUUCAGUUGCUGUAGGUGACUUCAACAAUGAUAAUCAUUUGGAUAUUGUUGUAGCUAAUUCAGGCAAUGAUAAUAUAGAAAUAUUUCUAGGUUACGAUAAAGCAACUUUUAUGAAUAAAGUUACAUAUUCGACAGGUUUUAAUUCACGUCCACAAUUUGUGACUACUGCCGAUUUUAAUAAAGACAAUCGAUUAGAUAUUGUUGUCGCCAAUUUUCGAAAUGAUGUUAUAAAUAUAUUUCUUGGAUUAGGUAAUGGGACAUUUAACACAGCAACAACACAUUCGACUGGUCCUAGAUCAUCUCCUAGUUCAAUUGCUGUUAGUGAUUUUAACAAUGAUAGUUGGACAGAUAUUGCCGUUGCUAAUCAAGGUACAAAUGAAAUAGCAGUGUUUAUUGCUUUUGACUAUAUCACGUUUACCAACUACACUAUCUACAUACCAGAAAUACUUCCACUUCCAUCGUAUAUUGUUGCAGGUGAUUUCAACAACGAUCAUCAAUGUGAUAUUGUCGUUGCUAAUUCCAAUACUAAUAACAUAGGAAUCUAUUUAGGAUAUGGGAAUGGCACAUUCGGAAAACAAAUUUCACAUUCGACGGGUCCCCUCUCGUCACCAAUUUCAAUUGCUGUAGACGAUUUUAAUAACGAUUCUCAGCUCGAUAUUGUCGUUGCCAAUUCAGGCACGAAUAAUAUUGGUAUAUUUCUAGGAGAUGGACAUGGGAGUUUUGACAGUCAAAUAACAUAUGAAACAGGCAAUUCAUCAUCUCCAGUUUCGGUUGCAAUUGGUGAUUUUAAUAAAGACAAUAUAUCAGACAUAGUUGUUGCCAACAGAGAUACGGACAAUAUAGGUAUUUUUCUAGGAUAUGGCAAUGGAACCUUUGCAGGACAAAUAUCAUAUGCAAUGCCUACUGGAUCUUCCCCAGUAUGGGUAACGGUUAAUGACUUUAACAACGACCAUAUACUAGACAUAGUCGUCGCAAACAUUAACGCAAAUAAUAUUGGUAUACUUUUUGGAUAUAGUAAUGGUACUUUUAAGAAUGUAAUAAGUUAUUCAACUGGAAAUAAUUCUAGUCCAUGUUCGGUUGCUGUUGGAGAUUUCAAUAAAGAUAGUUGGAUGGAUAUUGUUGUUGCCAAUCGGAAUGAAUUCACCAUUGCUAUAUAUUUUGGUAGUAGUAAUGGCGUUCUUGAGUUAGAAUUUAAAAGUGAAACGUUUGUAACACCAUGGCGCUUCUCAACUGGCAAUGGCUCUCUUCCUAGUUCAGUUGCUGUUGGAGAUUUCAACGACGAUCAUCAAAUAGAUAUUGCAGUAGCUAAUUCUGGUACUAACAAUAUUGGUAUUCUUCUUGGUAGAGGCGGUGGAACAUUUAAUCAACAAAAAACUUAUUCAAUUGGAAAGAAUUCAGGUCCAGUUUCAAUAACUGUAGGUUAUAUUAACAAUGAUAAUCAACUAGAUAUUGCUGUGGCUAAUUCUAACUCAAACACUAUUUGUAUUCUCUUCGGAUAUAAAAAUGAAAGUUUUGCUGUUAUAACAACAUAUUCAACUGGAAUUAGUUCUGCUCCAUCUUCUAUUAUUAGUGAUGAUUUGAACAAAGACAAUCACACGGAUAUUGUCGUUAUUACUUCUGGCACCAAUAAAAUACUUGUAUUCUUAGGAAUGGGCAAUGGAACGCUCCUAAGUCCAAAGUCAUAUUCUAUUGAUUAUAAUGCUCAUCCACAAUCGGUAGCUAUUGGAGAUCUUAAUAAUGACAAUUUGUUGGACGUUGUUGUUGCUAAUUUUGGAGCAGACUACGUAGAAAUUCUUUUACGAACUUGUUAA